AUAUACGGCUUUCGAAAGUUUCGAAACGCGCGCAUGGUUUUGCACGUUUAUACCGCUUUUCUUCCAGUUUAACAUUUAGAGAGUCGGUUUAACAUUUGAUUUUCUGGUUUGGGGGUAGCAAAAUGGUUAAAUGCAUUUGGUGGGUUAUGGUGUUAUUGUGCCUAGAAUCUGCGUCAUCGUACCGAAUAACCGGAGGAGUGAUAUUCAAAGGACCUCGCAAUCGUCGCAAUGUAUCAUUGACGCUGAUUAAUUAUUCAUUAUCUACCAAUGAAACUCAACUUCGACCUGCACGGAAUACUGGAAAUAACGACAUGGUCAGCAAAAAUAUCACAAUAAUCCUGGAAAAUUUACUGAAAAACUACGAGAGUUCCCAGCUCCCGAGUCACGGAAAAGGUCAACCCACUGUGGUCCAAACGAACAUUUUAAUAAGAAGUAUGGGACCGAUCUCAGAAUUAGACAUGGAAUAUUCAAUGGACUGCUACUUUCGGCAGUACUGGAGAGAUCAGCGUUUGUCAUUCGUUGGGCCAAUAAAAUCCCUUUCCUUAUCCAUUAAGAUGCUGGAACGAAUCUGGCGUCCGGAUACUUACUUUUACAAUGGUAAGAAUUCUUACGUUCACACCAUAACUGUGCCAAAUAAGUUAUUGAGGAUCAGCCAGGACGGAGACAUACUCUAUUCCAUGCGGCUUACCAUAAAAGCAAGAUGUCCGAUGGAACUGAAAAGUUUCCCAAUGGAUCGUCAAUCGUGUCCGCUUCUACUUGGCAGUUACGCCUACACUUCUAAAGAUUUAAUUUAUCAAUGGCAAAGCGACAGAAGCGUUACGUUUGUCGCUGGCAUGACUCUGUCGCAAUUUGACCUCGGGAGUUAUCCGUCCAGGAAUUUUACGUUUAAAAGACGAGAAGGUGAGUUUUCCGUUCUGGAAGUCUCGUUUAAUCUCCAAAGACACACUGGAUACUUCCUCAUUCAAGUGUACGUGCCUUGCAUCCUAAUCGUUGUCCUGUCCUGGGUGUCUUUCUGGAUCCAUCGGGAGGCCACAAGCGACAGGGUUGGAUUAGGGAUAACGACGGUCUUAACGUUAUCCACUAUAAGUUUGGACUCCAGGACCGACUUACCUAAAGUCCGUUAUGCCACCGCCCUGGAUUGGUUCUUGCUUAUGAGUUUCCUGUACUGUAUAGCCACUCUUCUGGAGUUUGCUGGGGUGCACUACUUCACUAAGGUUGGAAGUGGUGAAAUUCCUGUUGACGAAGAAGACUGGGAGGAUUGCGAGGUGUCACCUCAACAAGUUACCGGGAAUCCACCCUCGGAUUUACUGGAAAACGUGAAUAAUACCCCGGAAACUGGUAGAAGGAGAAGCUCAAUAAUUUGUCCAAUUUACAACGUCACGUCCAUUUACCAAAGUCCCAGGCGAACUUCUGUGGUGUCCAUAUCGCAUAAUGUGCCAACAGGUAAACUAACCAUGGAAAAAACCACCCAAACCGAUCGGAAACUACCGAAAUGGAAACAGUUCCUCUAUUGUUUAAAGGGGGAUGACAAGUUUCGAAGGCAGAGGCAGAGGGAGGCGGCAGCUUUAGGUAAAAAUAUUGAUCCUGAAAGGCAUGGAAUUCGGCACGUGAAUAGCGUAUCCCUGAUAGACCGAACUGCCAGAAUAGCAUUUCCAGUCUCCUUCGGACUAUUUAAUCUCUUCUACUGGCUGAUUUAUAUUAUGUCUCAGGAAAAUUUUAAGUGGGGAGACAACAAAUUAAACCCGCAAAGCCAUUAACCUUAAUAAAUAUCUUUAAAAUA